AUGGCCACGCGUCGCCUGCGCCGAGGCUUCGCCCUCGCCCGCCCGGCGCCCAUCCGCCGCGCCUGGCCGUGCGCUGCACCCGCCUGCGCUGCGACGCGCCUGGGGCCCAUCCACCCGGCCGCCGCCUGGGUCGGGGCUGCCCCUGGCCGCGCGCCCGUCCACCCGGCCUCUGCGCCGGCCGCGCCAGGCCGUGGCCGCCCCUGGCCGCGCGCCCGUCCACCCGGCCUCUGCGCCGGCCGCGACAGGCCAUGGCCGCCCCUGGCCGCGCCCACCCGGGUCGGGACUGCCCCUGCCCGCGCGCCCGUCCACCCGGCCUCCGCGCCGCGCCGCGCCCCAGGCCACGGCCUCCGUGCUGCCUGA